CUCCUCAGGGGGCAGGGCCUUAGCCGCGCGACGAGGCGCCUGCGCAGUGCUGGCUUCCUGAGCUCGCGCUCGCUGUGCUCCUCACGGGGGCGGCAGCGGCAGCAGCAACGGUGGCUCUUCACACGGCCUGCCAGCCUCCCUCCGGGGAUCCGUGAGCGGGAGACCUCCUCCCCGCGGGAUGGGCCGGGACUUCGAACGCGAGGCCGCUUCUGCCGCCACGGCCGUCGCUGCCCUUGUCAUUCUGGGUCGUCGUCGGCAGAGUUCUGAAGGGACCGAAGCGAGGGUUACAUCAAAUAUGACUACAUGCAUCUUAGAAGCCCAAAGGAACAUCAAGAUGUCAGAUUAACACUCACACUCCUUGUCAGGGCCAGUCCAGAAAAUCAUGCAGUCAACUGGGCACAGGUUCCGCGAUGUCGAGCAUCACCCGCUACUUGCCGAAAAUGACAGCUAUGAUUCAUCGUCAUCGGAGUCUGACAUGGCUGACCGAGUCUGGUUCAUCCGUGACGGCUGUGGGAUGGUCUGUGCAGUGAUGACUUGGCUCCUCGUUGUCUAUGCAGAUUUUGUGGUGACGUUUGUCAUUCUGCUGCCUUCCAAGGACUUCUGGUACUCCCUCAUCAACGGGGCCCUCUUCAACUGCUUGGCGGUGCUCGCCUUGUCCUCCCACCUGAGAACGAUGCUGACUGAUCCUGGGGCUGUUCCCAAAGGAAACGCCACGAAAGAAUACAUGGAGAGUUUGCAGUUGAAACCAGGCGAGGUGAUCUACAAGUGCCCAAAGUGCUGCAGCAUUAAACCGGAACGCACCCACCAUUGCAGUAUUUGCAAGCGGUGUAUUCGGAAGAUGGAUCAUCACUGCCCGUGGGUCAAUAACUGCGUGGGGGAAAGAAACCAGAGGUUUUUUGUGCUGUUUACUAUGUACAUAGCUCUAAUUUCAACUCAUGCUCUCAUCUUAUGUGGGUUUCAGUUCUUCUUCUGUGUCCGAGGACAGUGGAUUGAAUGCAGUGACUUCUCCCCGCCCGUGACUGUGAUCCUGCUGAUCUUCUUGUGCCUUGAGGGUUUUCUGUUUCUUACGUUCACUGCAGUAAUGUUUGGCACCCAGAUCCACUCCAUAUGCAAUGAUGAAACGGAGAUUGAAAGGCUGAAGAGUGAGAAACCCACUUGGGAACGAAGGCUACGCUGGGAAGGAAUGAAAUCUGUCUUUGGGGGCCAACCUUCUCUGCUGUGGAUAAAUCCUUUUGCUGGAUUUCGAGUCAGACGGCUUAUGCUAAGAGCCAAGAAAGGAGCUCCUGAGUUUUCUGUCUGAGUCUGCCUAAUCAUGCUGGAACUCACAAAAAAGUAGUAUAUUGUAUUUAUUGGGCACCAGGAGAGAAAAACAAAUGCUGCCCACAAGUCACCUGUGACCAGUGGAGAUUUGACACAUGUGAAACAUUUUGCUUGUAGCAAGCAGAAUUUUAUACAUUUAUGGUCACAGAGAUCUCAUUAACUCUCAGAAGUGUAAAGUGGGUCGUACCACACAUGGCUUUUGAGCAAGGGAAGAAAACGAGCAGAAACAAUGAAGGUGGAUGGCCACACUACAGAAGCCAAAAUAUCGUCUUUACUACUGUAACUUAUUAUUUUAGAGGACUAAUUAUGCAUUUAUUUUUGUCAAACCCCUUUUAUUUGAUAUGUGUGCUUUUUUAAAAAAAGGAGUUGACCUCUGCUAUUUUUUUUAUAAUACUGUGUGGCAAGGCACAGUUGUCAAUCAUGUUAUUAUACAAGUACAAAUACUGGAAAUGACUAGCCAAAUGAAAUCCUUUUUUGAUCUGAUAGCUUUUAGGCAGUUUUCAGCUCCAUUGUGUUAACUUUUCUGUUUGUCCCAGAAACCCCCUGAGCUCUAUUUCCACAUAUGAAUAUCUGAGCAAGUCUGUGAUCCAUGCCCAAAUAACAAAAAAACAUACAAGGCUGAUCACCGUCUAAAAUUUCCGUAGGCUCAGAAGAUUAUUCCUUUUUCAGGAUUCAAUUUUAAAUGCUAAAUGAGCAGAAAUCGUAUUUACGGCAGUUUCUUGCUCAUGAUCAAUUUUAAGGGGACUAAGCUUCAGGCAAAUCUAAGGGCGACUUUUUGUCCUUAGGAAAGGAGAAAAAAAGGGUCUGAGGAUACUUCUUGUGGCAUGAGGAACUGCAGACUGGAAUUCUCUUCAUUCAACAGUCUGUUGAUUCUUACAUUUCAUUGCAGAGAUUUGUCAGAAAGCAGGCCAGCAGAGUCUCAGAAUCUGUGGGUAAGACCUAUUCCCUAUUACUAUUCCAAAAUAAGCAUUUGUUUACGUCAUAAGAUGUGACCUGCAAAAAAUAUUUUUGAAAGGCAUGUUUUUAAACAGGCUUGCGGCCAGAUUCUACACAUGUUAUUUCAAAGGCAGCCUUGCUGGUUCCAGAGGGCCUUAAAUGCUGAGCUUCAGAGGUGCACCAUUGUGCACACAGAGUUCACCAGCUUUCAUCUUCAUUUCAGUGGGACAGGGACCUCCUGAAUGACGAAAGGGAUUCUGACGGUGGCACUGUCCCUUCUGUCAAAGCUGUUGGCACCAUUCUUGUGUAUGUGGGAGCACUGUGUGCACAUCGGUGCCCCCACACAAACAAGCGGCCAUCACGACAAAGCUAGAAUGGACUUGGAAAUGUGCUGCCAGUUGUUCACCCCAUCUCCUUGCAGCCACACCAGCUUCUUCUGUGUGAAUCACAGCCACAUUUUGCUGACCGUUAUCAGCAAGGGAGAAGGGCACAUUUCUUCAGAAACAAGAAUUGACAGAGAGGAAUCUGUGCAAAGAGGAUUUUAAUAUCCGCUACAGCAGCAACAAUAAGAAAUGUGGCAUACUGCCAUAUUCCAACGAAAACUGCCUCCAGACCAUCAAAAUUAGUGGUGUAAAACCAGUGUCUCUUGUAGAGAGAAGCCGCUGCAUGGUUUGAAUGUGCUCUUACACCUGCGAGUAAUGAAACAUCAACUAAAGAGAGUGUUCUUUGUGCUAAAUAACAAAAGCUGAUCCUUCCCCCCCCCUCCCUUCUAUUAAUGACACAAAAGUGGGGGGCUGAAUGCACAUGUUGAGCAUGUGUGUCUAGAAGUUAGAGAAAAACGUUUCUUUUUUAGGGAGGGGAAAGUUCCUGUGUUGAAAUUUGCCUAUCAACAUACUGGGGCCAAGCUUUUGUUUUGCUGUUGGGAUCACAAUACUUGCCAGAAUCUUGAGGCCUAUGUCAUAAUGUGCCUGGGAGAUUGCACCCUGUGCACAGCUGGAACUCUGCUGCUAUCACCCCAGCGCUUGUUACUGCUGAAGAGAGUAUUCAACUUAGAGAGUGGCUUGCCUCUUCGGCUGUCAGGACAACGACUAUGGUUCCAAAAAAUCAAAACAAGCAAAGCUUCUGUCACAUCUGCAGAUUUCUCUUUUCCUGUCAAUGGAUUCUGGGCCAUAUAUUUCUGGACCAUCUAACUUCAGUAGGAGCUUUAAUUCCUUGUUGCUCACUCACCUAUUUCUGUAUGCCUCCGCAGCAUCUUACCUUUACAAUGAAUUGAGUUUUAUAGCAAGAUGGGAGAGAUGCCCAAGGAUGUACCCUCCUGAGGGCUUCCUGUAUCGCCAGUUUGGCGUUUAGGAUUAAGCAAAAAGAAGAAGUGUGAUCUGUAGGGAUGGGGGCCAGGAGAGAGAGAACAGGGCCUGUUUUGUGCUACAUUGCAUACUCUGCACAGAAAGGCAUGUAAACGGUUUUCCCUUUGAGGAGGGGAAUUGGGCCCCUGCAGGGGGAAGCCACUUGCAAUAUUGCAAUGCUUAUGUGGUGGUGGUGGCAGUGAGGGGGUCCCAUUCACUCCCCCAUUGUGCAAUGACUAAACUGGUCCAUGGCUAUGUAUACCAGUUUCCGAUAUGUUCAUUUGCACUACCUGCUGUCCAUACAAAUGGGGCUCACUGCAAGAAGGUGGUGUCUUGGGGUGUUGGGCAGGCAUGCAGAAUGGGUGAAGCAAAUGACCCUGCAGAAUUGAAAGCCAUGCAGCUAAUGCUUUGGAGGAUCUUUGCAGUCCAUUCUCAGCCCAUAACCAAAAGUCUGCAGUUCGUUCUUGUGUAUAUAUUCACAGUUCCAUCGAGUCUGGGGGAACUGACAAACAGAACCCACAAGCAGAUAAAUAAAAUUGGAUUUUGGUUAUGGCAGCAAGGUUAAAAAAUGAAGCAAGCCCAGGAAGGUCUUGGCCGUUUUAGUUUUGCAUCUUUGCCCAGGUUGGGAAUUGGUUAGAUCUGCUUUAACCCAAGACUCUUCGGACGUACAUUUUGAUGGAGUGUCCUGCUGGAACUCAGCAGAUCCCUUUUAAAGCAGUUGAACCUGUGUGUGACUUAGCAAGUGCGUGUGUGUGUGGUGUGUGUAUGAAAGUGGGAUUUCUUGGCUUUUCUGUUGUAAUUUUUUUUAAUGUAAAAUAAAGUAACUAAUUGAA